GAUAACCAGCUGAUGAUGGCUGAGGCCACAGCUAAAACCAUGUUAGGUGAGAUCAGCCAGGGUCACCUGGAAUGCCCCAUCUGCUUCUGUCGGUACAAAGAUCCCAAGAUACUGGACUGUCUCCACACCUUCUGCCUCAACUGUCUGGAUGGGAUGUUGAGCAAACAGCAGCCGAGUACAGGCAAGAUCACAUGCCCGGUCUGCAGGAAGGAAACCCCGGUGCCGGAUGCUGGCUUGCCCGGUCUACUCGAUUGUUUCUUCUUGAGUUCCCUGGUGGAUGAGAUCAACCAGCAGGAGCGGUCGCUGGAGACCCAGCAGCAAGCAACGACUUCACCGACGUGUGAUGAAUGCGACGAGGGAAUAGAGGCCGUCUCGCGAUGUCUAGACUGCGAGGAAAAUCUGUGUCAGCUGUGUAAGACGGCUCACGAACGCGCCAAACGCACCAAGACACAUCGGGUAACACUGGUUAAACACCCGGAGCAGAAGGAGGGUCCUUCGCCAGAUCUCAACAAGACGUAUUCUCCUAAAUGUCAGAAGCAUGCUGACCAGAAGAUGUAUUUUUACUGCGAGACGUGUAAGAUGUUGGCGUGCGGCAUAUGCGCAGCGAUCGACCACCGAUCGGCUGAACAUAAAUACUGUGAAAUUGCCGACGCCGUCAGAUCGUAUCGUCAAGAAGUAAAUGAUGUCUUGCAAAAGUGUCAGAAGAGCAAAGAGGAAUUCAAAGCAAAUGAGGAGGCAGUCGACCAAGCAAGAAACAGGCUGAAAAUAAUGGUGACUCGGGCCUGCAGCGACAUUCAAGCUAAGAAAGAAGAAGAGAUUGCAAAAAUCGAGACGAAGUCUCAACUUCUCCUAGACAAGGUCACUGAAAUUGGCAAGAAGAGAGACGAGGAGUUUGACAAAGUUCACACCAACAACAUGAAGAAGAUGGAGCGAGCUGAGGAGAUUGAGGCAGCCGUGACUGACUUGAUGCAACAAGCCGACGACUUCGAACUCUUGAAUUUGAAGCCUAAGGUGAUGCACAACUUGGAAUUCCAGAAGGAUCUCCAGUUUGAGCGAGUGAAACACGGUGAAUCUUUCAUUGGAGUCAAGUGCCAAGACGUUGUGAGCGAUAAAGACCUUGGUGAAAUACUUCAUAAAGAGAAAUGGAAGUUGAAGACCGAGUUUGGGAAGGCAGGACACGGGGAUGGAGAGUUCAAGUGGGCAAGAAGCGUGUGCUCCUUUAGCCAUGGCGACAUUGCUGUCAACGAUAUCAACAAUAAGCGGAAAUCUGUGUUUACUUCUACAGGACAGUACAAAACAAAGUUGGAUGUGAACGCAACUCAUGGUUUUGCUAUAACGCCAGAUGAUCAAUUUCUGGUUAACUGUGACGGCAUUGUAAAGGUACAUGACACAAACCAUCAAGUAAUUUCUCAGUUUAAAUCAUCACAGACUGAUGAAACGGGUCAACUGGUAGAACGCAUAACCGGAGGCAUUGCAGUGGACAAGGACAACCGUAUAGCAGUGGUUAACAAGAAGAUAACGGUCACAUCUCUCCAUAAUCUAGACGGAUCUUUGAUCCUAGACAUUCCGAAUACUGACAUGUCCCCAGAAGAUAUUACUGUAAGUGACAAAGGACGUUUGAUUUUCACAAAUGUUGGUAGCAACAAAUUGCGAUGCGUAGAAAUGACGGGGAAAGAAGUGUUUACUGUCAGCACUUCUCUGGGUGACAAAGAGGCGACACUUGCAGCCGGUGUAUGCUGCGAUGAUGCAGGCGACAUCUAUGUUAACAUUUACUGUGGAGUCGCAGGGACCGGUGAAGUGCGUCACUAUGAUUCCCAGGGGGUCUACGUCGAUUGUGUAGCGAAACAAUUGUUUUGCCCAGCGGGUAUUGCCUUUUCCCCAAGCGGAGAACUUGUGGUGGCUGAUUUCAAUUCUGUCAAGAUAUUUCAUCGAGUAUGAACUGGCUAACAAGGCGUAUGAAAAUAAUGACGACUGAUAUGAAUGAUCGUCAGAUGAAAAAUAAUGCUAAUAUCAAUAUCUUUACAACAUUACACGACACGGAAAACUUUCUUCAUAAACACAAAAUGUAUAACAGAACAAAAUCACACAUUGACUUCAAACGCACCGUAAAAAUGACGAACAACAUACAUGUAUAUUUAAAAGGACCGAA